UACAAAAAUGAAGUCAGUCGUCAUCAUUGCUUUACUUUUCAUGCAGUGUUAUAAGUGUUUCGCAGUAAGUGUAUGUGACAUCUGUACGUGUGGCUACGAGAAUGAUAAUGAAGAUUAUCUAGGCGAAAACAUCGAUUGUUCGUUCAAAACUCAAGACAUACUAGAAAGUAAUUAUACACUACCCAAUACGGUGCGCUCGCUAGAUUUAUCUUCUAGUAACUUAGUAACAAUACUAGACUCAAGACUGCUGCGUUCGGAGACACUCCUCGAACUAUAUCUUAACAGGAAUAGCAUUACAGAUAUAGUCGGAACACCAUUCGAUUUACCCGAACUGAAAAUUUUGGAUUUAAGCUUCAACAAUCUGACAUAUAUUGAUGCAGAUGUGUUUAAGAAUAUAAAAAAAUUAGAGUAUUUGAAUGUUGCUAACAAUAAAUUGGCAACGGUGAGCAGUCUGGCAUUCCAUCAGCUAAAUAAUCUGAAAGAAGUCAUAUUGGAUUUUAACAUCUUAGGACCUAGCAUCAUGGAUCUAAAAGGAAGCUUUGGAUUGUUAAAUAAGAUACAGAAACUUAGCAUCAGAGGAAUUGGUCUUAGGAAUAUACCUGAUAAGUUUUUCGCUGACCUAUAUGACAUACGGCAGCUGGUCGUGUCGGAUAAUCAUUUGGAAGAGAUAUUCGAGUUCCCCACUACAUUAGAAUAUUUGGAUUUAUCAAAUAAUCCAAUUAGAGCGAUUGCAGAAGAAGAUUUUGUUAAUGUCCCUGGACUGAGGGAAUUGAAGCUCAACAAUUUGCAAAUUAUGGAAGUGCCAGAUUACGUCUUCGCUCCAUUGCGUAGUUUGCGAAGUCUAGAAUUAGAGAGGAAUAGGAAUCUCACGUAUUUCAGUCGGCUGGCCUUCGGACGCGAAGUAUUGGAGGACGCCGAUGAUUUUAACUUAGAGAAAUUGUCGGUGAGGGCUUCCAGAUUAUCGAAGCUGGACAGAGAUUUAAGUAAGCCCUUCGGCCGACUGUUCCACCUGGACCUGCAAGGGAACCCAUGGAUAUGCGACUGCGACAUCCUGUGGCUGAAGCAGUUUCAGAUGGAACCAAAAGACUACGAUCAUAUCAGAUGUGCGUAUCCAAGAUCGUUGUAUAACAGCAGAAUAUUCGAGCUCAGGGACAAGUACUUCAGGUGUCCUAACGCGCAGCGACUUAUCGGUGUUGCCAUAUCUGUGACCACAUUGGCCAUUGCUAUGUCCGCCAUUACUGUAUGGAUAUUGAAGUGUAUACCCAGAAAGAAUUCCGAGAAUUACAACAUGUUUGGCCCCUACGUAACGUAUACAACGAUAGGGAAUACCACAUAAAUGCAUUGGGAAGUGUGGAGCGCCCCAUGCAAUAAUUAAAUUUAAAAAAAUGCGGUCCCAAAAUGGCGGGAAGAGAUUUCAAUAACGGCGAAGCGUGAACAGCGCUCGCGCUGAAGCAUUUGACCGUAGAUUAUAAAUUAAUUUAAUUACUAAUGUAAAUAUUAAGAUACAUAAAUUAUACAAUUGACUGAUUAACAAAAUAGAAUAGACCAUAUAUAUUGUUUCUUCAAAUAAACUUAAUAAGUAAGCACUUUUAAACGAGGAUUAUUUUUGCUAUAUUCGGUAUGCGGAUUCAGUCAAAAAUAAUAAGCAAUAAACUGGAGUGGUAUAUUAAAUUACUACGUUAGUUGAGUCGCUGGUUCUUCUCAACUGAUAUUAGCUGAACUGUAAGGUAGAAUUAAAAAUUUACGUGCAAACCAAGUAAAAUUUUGACACAUUACGAUUUUAUAAUAAAUCAAAUUAAUUAUAAGUAAAAUUAAAAUAUAAUUAUUAAUAUGUAUAGUGUACAUACAUACCAUAUAUACUUGUGUACAGGGAUAAAGACACGAGUUUUGUUUUUAUUUCUUUUUUUAAAUUUUAAUGCUAUGGCAGAAAGAAUAUAUCUAAAAUUUACAUGGUGUAAAAAUAUAGAUGUAAUCUAAAAAUAAAGUAAUGAAUAAUUAGGAUUACAAUAAAUUAUAAUAAUCUAUUGUACCUAUGUAUUAUAUUAUCAUGAAAAGAAAUUGAUUAUUUUGUCAUUUUACGUAACUAUUUGUUAUUGUAUUUUUUGUUGUUAUUUGUAUAUACCAGUAUUAUAAUUAGCAUAAGUACGUAGCUUAAUUUGAAAUGUCUUAAUCUACUAUUACUGUACUGUACCUAUUUUAAUUGUACGUUUUAUUAAUUCAUUAGAGCAUUUUAUACUUAUACGACGACGAAUAAAAAUAAAAAUCACACAGC